AUGUAUCUUCAUAGACGGUGCUUCGUUUUGCUGCUUCUUCUAUCCGAAAUAAAUGCUUGCGGGAUUGCCGUCCACAACGAGGUUACUUUUCGGUCCCUGGAACACUUUACACCUACAACAGCAGUGCAGCGGCUAUACAAGGAUGAUUUGCUUGAUUCCGCUAGCUAUACACAAGCAGGAUCGUUUUUUCCAGAUUGGGGAUACCAAUGCUUGGGCAACAAUCAGCAAUCAGAAGAUGGCAAGUGUGUGCAAAACAGCCAGAUUGCAUCGUUAUUAAUAGCCAUGGUACGAUUAGCUCAUUGGCCAUCAUUCAUAAAGACGGCUGUAAAUUACAUCCGAGAGGUGUAUCCAGCAACGCAAUUCCACACGGAUACGCAUGUAAAGGGGCUGAUAUCUUUUGUGUUUGCCAUCAUGUCUCAUGGCAUGGCCGAUGUAAAAUGGCAUAGUUUAAGCGGCCUUCAAGAUUACUUUAUUGUUGCAAUGGCGAAAUCGGAUUUUCAUGGUAAUGCCGAGGAGUCUCAUAUAGCCGCUGAUGCAGGGGCAGAAUUCACAUUAAGGCAUUCAAGCAAGCUGUCUUAUUUGAAUGAAACAUGGAAGGUGCCAGUAAACGACAUCAUCGAAAUAUACAAGCGACUCUACGAACCCUCAGGGCAAAGAAUACCCCUCGCAUCACAUAUCCAGUAUUGUAUGGCGGCCGCGUUCGCUGCAUCCAAAAUAGACGUCGAGUUUGGCCAAUUGAUGUUUGGCUAUUAUGGCUCAAAAAGCCCAUUUUUGAUAGAGGAACUGUACGACUACUACAGGGGAGGCAUUGAGGAUUUAUCUGGCAGUGUAUCAGAUUGUUAUCCAGAACUCGUCAAUGCAUUUGAAAACGGCGCAAAGCAUGAUCAUCCAGACACACUGUGUGCUAGCUACUUCUUCAGCGAGACAACAAAGCCAAUAUCGAAAAGGGCAAGAUGCCUGAAUCACGGCAUUCAAUCACCGUAUCGCACUAACGGAAAGGACGCUACAAACAAGAUUUACCAAGACUAUGAUGCUACGACAGGCGUGUUGACCCUCACUGUCAAUAAAACAAAACAAAUACGUAUGGCGAAACAUGAUGUUACGUUUCCUCACAUCACUACAACGGUUGUGUUACCCACAUUGAUCAACAACCACAACAAAAAGCAUGCUGCUAUUCAGCAGCAGUUCGGUCGCCCUGUGUUCGAUUCAAAUUCAGCUGCAAAUGCGGACAAGGUGAAAAAAGGAUCUUCAUCAAAUAGCCUCAACAAACACCAAUGUCUAUCACUUCACCAAGAACGAGAACCCAUGUCCAAAAUCACAUUGACGAUACCAAUGUCAUCUUCGAGAGUAGGGCAUCAAAUUGUCUCUGGCCAUUUUAGGAGUAGCGACAGUAACGACGACCAAAUGGACAUUGCCAUCUCUGCACCAUUUUACUACAAGGAUGGAUUACAAAUAGGGGCGGUGUUCGUGUUGGACAGCAAUCUACAGCCUGCAAAUAUAGACACGGAUAUACGUAAUGUAUCUCACACAAUCUUGCAUGGUAACACCCAUCAUGGCCGAUUUGGUUGGUCUAUGGCGGUCUUAGAUUUAAAUAAGGAUGGGAUCGAUGAUUUAGCCAUUGCAACACCGUUUAAUGACAGAGUGGAUGUCUAUUUUGGACAAGUUCAUACGGGGCUUUCAGAAUCGUCGUGUGCCCAAAUUCAGCUUCACUCCCAAGGAUCACAAGGAACAGUUUUAGCGGGGAUCGAUGUGGAUCAGGACGGCUUCAAAGACUUGGUGAUUGGCUGCCCACUAUGUCCUAUUGGGAACCAACCACAGGCUGGAAAAGUAUCCAUCUACCUCGGUCAUGGAAAUCAAUUGACUCAACCCCAUUUCGUGAUUGAAAAUCCAGAUGUGAAUGCAUAUGAUCAUUUUGGAGAAUCCAUCUUGAUCAUUCAAGACACGCUAUUGAUAAGCGCUCCUAGUUAUUCCGUAGACCAAAUGCAGCGUGUUGGAAGAGUUUAUGCAUUUGAUACAUCUACGUACAAAUUGAAGUGGACUGUUACUGGCACCAAAGAAUUUCAACAAUAUGGAAAAGUAUUAGCGACAAACGAAAGGCAGGACGUCCUAGCUAUCUCGAGUCCAUCGGAAGAAACCAGGUCAAAAUUACAAACAUUUUGGCAAGGGGGAACUGUGCGACUAUAUGACUGGAAUAUCAUGCAACAACAGAUUCGAGAUCAUGUAAAUCAAAAGAAUGUUGUGCCGAAUCUUGUUAUGGAACAGGGAAUGAUGGGUCUGAUAGAAGGUCGCACAAACGCAGGGCAUUUAGGUCAAUCGAUUCUGAUGGGAAAAGAUGAUGUGAUUUGGAUAGGUGAGCCAAUGUCAGAACAAGAGAACGGCCGAGUGUAUCAAUGGUGGUAUAAGAAGACUCAUGAACUAAAGUGUAUUAGAAAUAAUGAGCAUCUCUUAGCACGGUUUGGGUCUCAAAUCGGCUCAUUGGGUCCUGAUGCCAUUUGUAUCACAUCGCAGCGAUAUGGUCAAAACGCACGAUAUUCGGGUGCAGUAAAUAUUUUGACAAGACCAGAAAAUGGAAAGGAGACUGAUAAAUUAACAUGA